AUGUUGUCUCCAGCAGCACUCUCUGGGGAUGAAGCUCAACCCCCUGGUCUUUGCGCAGCAACUGCUUCUCCGAUGUGCUGCAGCAGCAGCGACAAUGGCAGCUGCAGCGGCAGCAGCAGCUGCACCAGCAGCAGCGGCAGCGGCAGCAGCAGCAGCAGCAGCAGCAGUUUGCUGCUGCGUGCUCUUGCUCAGAGCCGCCGUCUAUGUGAACAUUUGGCUGCCUUUUUGUCUACUUCAGAGAUGAAUAGGAGUUGGUUGCACUUAUCAUUUGGGGUGUAUAUACACCUCAUGCUGCAGCAGCAAAAGAUUGAUCUGGGGCCUGCAGAUCUGCUGCUGCUGCACGAGAAGCCGCUGCAGCAGCUGCUCCUACACCGCAUGCUGCUGCAGCAGCGCGCCUGGCGCCAGACAACCGCGCUCUACGUGCGCAACUUGCUGCAGCUCCAGCUGCAGCAGCAACUUCAACAGCAGCAGCAGCAGCAGCAGCAGGAGCGUUGUCCUCGCUGCGGAGGUUUGCUGCGAUAUAGCGGCCCCUUAGCUGUAGGUGCUUCUGCUGCUGAAGCAGCAACCCGUUUGCUGUGCAUGCAGCAUUCAGGUGUACAGACAGUGCGGCUGCGGCUGCUGCGUGUGGGGGAGUGGCAGCUGUUGCUGCAGCAGCAGCAGCAGCUGCUGCAGCUGCUGUGGCCGGCCCAUAGUUUAGAAGUGGUUGGCUGUGAAAUCAACACACAGGUAGCAGAGGCUCUUGGAGCUGCUGCAGCAGCAGCAGCAAACGCACACGAAUUCUUCUUUGCUGAUUGCUACUGCCGCAUGAGCAUGCAGCUGCUGCUGCACCAGCAGCAGCAGCAACAGCAGCAGCAGCAGCAGCAGCAGCGAGGAGAACUCCUGCAGCAGCCUGUCGAUUCCUCCCAGAAAGUCAAGCAACUGCAGCAGCAGCACCAAGAGCAUCAGCAACAGCAGCAGCAGCAGCAGCAGCAACCCCACUCGCAGCAGCAACAGGUGACUCAAGAAGAGGAAGCAGACGCCGAAGAUGCAACUGCUGACUACGCGCAGCGACAACAUCAGCAACAACAUCAGCAGCAACAGCAGCAGCAACAGCAGCAACAGCAGCAACAGCAGCAACAGCAGCAGCAGCAGCAGCAGCAACAGCAGCAGCAGCAGCAGCAGCAACAGCAGCAGCAGCUCGAAAUGUAUUUGGAGGUCCCUCCGUUAUCUAAGAAUAUGCAUCUUCAACCGAUCGGUGAAUUUGCGUUUUGCUGCUGCAGCGAAGAAGCAAUCAAACGAAUUGUGCAGCAAGACGCAGACAGCAGCAGCAGCAGCAGCAGCAGCGAGAGCACCAGCAGCAAGAGCAGCAGCAGCGAUAGCAGCAGCAGCACCACCUGUGACGACCCUGCUGCAGGCAGCUGCAGCACCACCGCUAGCAGCGGCGUGGCUGGCAGCAGUCUCAAGCCCCACAGCAGCAGCUGCAGCAGCAGCAGCAGCAGCAAGAAGCGAAGCAAGAGGGGUGUAUUAGGAGACAGUUGGUUUCGGGAGGGACUGCUGCAGCGCCUUUGCAUGCGCAGCUGCUCUGUCUCUGUGGAGGGCAUGUAUAAACUAUCAGUUGGUUUGCUGCUGCCGCUGCAGCAGCAACUCAAGGUGCUGGAUUUAAGCCACAACGAAAUAAAAGAUAUUGGGGCGACGGUGCUGUUAGCUUCGCUGCAUCGCGGCAACAGAACAGCAAACGUGCAGCGGCUAGCAGACUUGCGGCAGCAGCAGCAGCAGCAGCAACAGCAGCAGCAGCAGGGAGAGAGGGAACGGCUCAAGAGGGACAGCAACGGCGACGACACUGCGAGCGAGCCGUUGCAGCAGCAGCAGCAGGAGCACCAGAGGCAGCAGCAGCAGCAACAGCAGCAGGAGCAGCAGCAGCGGGAGGAGCAGCAGCGGGAAGAAGAAGAAAAUCUGCAGCGAUCUGAGGUGUACAGGCACCUCAGGUGUAUCGAUUUAGGGGGCAACGACUUAUGCGGCAACGAGACAUUGCUGCCUGUGCUUGCUGCUUUUAUUGCUGAUGCUGCAGCAGCAGCAACACGCCUCAGCUGCAUCCGGCUUCAAUCGAAUGACCUAGGGCCUGCUGCUCUAGCUGCUGCUGCUGCUGCUGCUGCUGUCUACACACAGCAGCGCAGCAAAAUGCUGCAGGCAGAAGCUGCAGCAAGGGAGGCUGCUGCAGCCAGAGAGGCCGCUGCAGCAGCACGAGCAGCAGCAACUGCUGCUGCUGCAGCUGCUACUGCUGCACGGUCUCCUAGCGUAGCGACGGGCGCAGCAGAUCGGGCAGCAGCAGCAGCAGCAGCAGCAACUGCUGCAGCUGCUGCUGCUGAUGUAAAAAUGUGCUGCCGCAGACAACACUUCAGGCAGCAAAACUCUCCUCGCAGCGAUAUGGAGGGCUGGAGCAGCAGCAGCAGCAAAACCAGUAGCAGCAAAAGCAACAGCAGCAGCCACGAUCGCCCCCUCUGCUGCAGUCUCCUUAUAGAUAUGAGAGACAACCCGCGCUGCAGCAGCAGCAACAGCAGCAGCAGCACUGUUGCUACGCCUGCGUCGGCCAGUAGCUGGAGCAGCAGCACCAGCAGCUGCUGCAGCACACCGACAGUUGCUGCUGCUGCGGCUUUGCUAAGCCCUCCGAGUGCUUCAGCAGCAGCGGCAGCAGCAGACUCGCCUCCACAGGGAGCAAGCCGCAGCACAAGCCCCACUAGCAGCAGCCACAGCAACCGCAGCAGCGGCUGCUGCAGCUGCUGCUGCGUCGUGCUGCAUGAUGACUCCGUGGAAGCAGCAGCUGCUGCUGCAGCACCGCAUGUUGAGCGGAGGAAAAGAGGCAGAGAAAAACCCGACGAAAUCAAGCGCCGCGGCAAUAAGGUGUAUUGCUCUGCUGCUGCUGUUGCUGCUGUGGGGUCGACGGAACCCAGACAGGAGGAGCAGCAGGAGCAGCAGCAGCAUCAGCAGCUGCAGAAGCACAGCGACUCCAGCUGCUGCUGCUGCUGCUGCUCGUGUGAUUGCAUGCGGGCGCCGGUAGGAUGUACUGUUGCUGCUUCUGCUGCUGUAGCAGCAGCACAGCAGGCAUGCAUGGGCCCAGCUUCAGUAGCUGGUGCAGCAGCUGCUGCAGCGGAAGCAGCAGCAGCAGAGGCAGCUGCUGCAGCAGCAGCAGCUGCUGCUGCUGCUCGUCAGAAAACUGCGGAACAGCUCGCUCUUGCUGCAGCAGAGACAGCAGCAGCGGCAGCAAGCCGCGGGCUUGCUGCUGCUACACUAGAGAAGCUAAGCAACGCAACAAGAAGAGAGAUUAGAGUAGGAGAAGAGACAUCAACAGGAGACACUAGGAUGUUCAUGGCUAGGGGUCGUGAGGUGUAUAGGGAGGUGCUGCAGCAGCAGCAGCUGCACCUGCUGCGGCACAGCAAGAUGCAGCACCACCAGCAGCAUCUGGAGGGGCAGCAGCAAACAGCGCGCAGCAGCAGCAUCAGCGACGCGGAGACAGAAGAUGACUCUGACUAUGAACUAUCAGAUGUUGCUGUCAACCUCAGCAGCAGCAGCAGCAGCAGCAGCAGCAGCAGCAGCAACAGCAGCAGCAACAGCGGCAGCACAUCUCCCACGGCGGAAGGCAGCAGCAGCAGCAGCCCCAUAAUGGGCCCCAGCUACUGCAGCAGCAGAACGCCACGUGCUAUCGAUGCUGCUGAAAGGAGCAGCAGCAGCAGCAGCAGCAGCAGCAGCCGCUACCCCUCACGCAGACAUCUAGGGAGCUCCUGUAGUGCUGCAGAAAGCAGCAGCAGCAGCAGCAGCAGCAGCAGCGACACAGACAUCAGCAGCGAGGUACAAGAAAGCGAGAUGGCUGAUUUAUUAGAUGAUGCGUUUGCUGCAAGUCCUCUGUAG